AUGGCGUUUGGAGAUGGUCCACCAUACAGCGAGGAUGAGGACUUGCACAGCCCUGUUGUGACAACGUCCCGGCAUCGCAAACACAAAUCUGCGCAUUUAGGGUCCGAUUUUAAUAGAGGGAGAAGUCCUGGCAUUGCGAACGAUGCUGACCCGUCGUCAUAUUCUGUGCGAAGUGAUGAUCGAGGAGUUUUCGUCGGAUUAAAUGGGGAUGGAAGCGCAACAUACUAUGUCAAGGACGACGACGCAGUUGACGAUGGUCCUGGAGGAGAAUAUGUUACGUACCCGGCUAACGAUGGGAAUCGCUCGUUCUUAAGCGCGGACUCAUAUCCACCUGGCGGUCACAGAGACUCCCACUUUGCCGCGUCAUUGCAUGACCGAACGGCAAUGGAACCUGACAUGGAACUCCAAUCUGACGACGAGAUAUCGGAGGAUGAUGAAUCGUGGAGAGAUGCAUCCCGCUAUUCGCGAGAUUACAAAUUUACAAUUGUUUCACCUGAUGAAGAAAUGCAUGGCAAAGCUGUUGCGCUUUUCGAUUUCGAUCGCGAACAUGAGAACGAAUUGCCAUUGAAGGAGGGACAGGUGAUUCUAGUAUCUUAUCGUCAUGGACAAGGCUGGCUCGUUGCGGAGGACCCUAAGACUGGAGAAAGUGGGCUCGUACCAGAGGAAUUCGUCCGGUUGGUUCGUGACAUUGAAGGGGGAUUGAACGGCCUGAAUGGUGCUCUUCUGAAUACAUCGACAGGGGCCGAAGAUGCAGAAUCUACUCCUACCCAAGAUGAAAGUCCUGAUGUCCUGCCCACCGACAAUUCAUCACCAGAUAUGCCUCCUCGACAACAGCAACAACAAAGCAACGGCGCCACAAUUGCAACAAAUCCUACUGCAGACGAGAAUGUCAACCCUAACAACCAUCACGAGUCAUCCUCACAACUUACAUCAACACCCGCGAAUGCAAAUGCGUCUACGAGAGACAAACAACCCAAGGAGCGCGAAAAGAAACAGCCCCCGGUCGUUUCCAUGUUCUCCACGAGCAGUCGUGAUCUGGAUCCGUACCCGCUAGCGGGACAUCGGCAUCGGAAAUCAACGCCGCCACAAAUCGAGCAUUACGAUGGCACUAACUUAAGCACAACGGGCGGCGUGCGCUCGUCAUCCGUGCGCCCGAAGAGUUCUUCCAAGCAUAGAACACGAUCGGGGUCGGGGAAGGAUGUGAAGCCUUGA